AUGACAGAAAAUGUGACAACAGAAGACGAGCAAGACGAAAAUCCUGUGACAGAUGAUCACACAGGUUUUCUGACACAGGAAAAACCUGUGAAAGGUGGUGUCAUGGACAUGACACCAAUGACAGUCAGGUCCCGAAGACUACGCAGAAAAAUUUGGUCAAAACUAGAAAUCAAAGCAGAGUUUCCUGCACAGUCAGAUUUCUCUGGUGUACAAAGUGGUAAGUCUGAUCACACUGCUGGAUUAGGUAGAGCAGUAACAGAAGCAACACUUGAUAAUGCAAUCAGUCUAGAGAAAGUUGACUAUUUUCAGCAUUCCAAUGCAAAUGUUACCGGCAAUCUGGAAGAAGUUCAGCACAUAGAUGAUGAGAUCAGUAAGAAAGAAGAGCCAGGUACCAAUAGGAAAGAAGAAAAUGUUGCACAAGUGGUUGGGUUAGAAGUGGGGGCCUUAAAUGAAAGAGCUACUGAUGUUGAAGCUGAAGUAGUUAGACCAUUUUCUUUCUACAAAGAGGGCACUGAGGAAGAGUUGAAAAUUGCAACAGAAAAAGAAACUAAGGAGGAUGAAAUUGAAAUUGCUAAUACAAAUGAUAUGAAAAAUAUAACCAGUGGCAGGCAAACAAAUAUAAGACCCAGUAAUUAUGCUACUAGACAAAAAACAAGUUUCAGAGAAGGUACAUCCAAGCCAAGAAACAUUGCUAGAGGAAAGGGUGCUACGCAAGAAGAUAAUGAGCAAAUUGUGGCUGAGAUGUCUGAAGAAGCUAGAAAAGAAUAUGAAGCAAAGAAGGAGGAAGAUGCAAGAAAAGCACAAAAGGAAUUGAUGAUGCAUGACAAAAUGUUCUUCAAUAUUAAAGAUAGACAAGCCGAAAAAUAUUUUCCUGAAAUAUAUAAGAAGAAACCUAGGAAUAGACGAUCAAAGCUUACAUGUCAGGAACAAAAACUGUAUAUUGACCUUGUCCGUUGCUUUGGAAACUUGAGUGCUAACUCUCAAGAAAUAAUUGAUGAAAACUUUAAGAAAUAUCUUACUAUGAAAGUUUUAGUGAACAAAGAACAGGAAUUAUUCCAGAAUUAUCUCAGAAGUAUUUCCCAUACCUGCAAGAAAGACUAUGACUACAUCCAUCCUGGAGUUGAAAAAUAUACUGCAUCUAGAUACCUGGCAAAGAAGAGAGAAUGUUUCAAGUAUCCACGAUUCUACAGUAGUGUCAACAAGAUUGUUCUCACAGAUGAAAUACCAGAUUCCCCACCCACUUUACAGUAUAUUAGACCAUUACUUGAACUGGGCAGUGUUAGUAAACUGGUGCUACCAAACAUACUGCCUGGAAUGCCUCAACCCUGUGUAACAACAAAUUUCACGAAAAUCAACGAUAUUUGUCCGAUAUUGAAAAGUGUUUACAAAGGGACAUACGUAUGGAACAAAGUGGUGUGCAGCCAAGAUGCCAAUGCUGAACAACUUGCUGUACCAAACAAGUGUGACAUUGUCAUGUCAGCGUCUGCUAUCAGACGACUGAUUGAUAAUCAAGGGAAGGUAUUCAAAUACUGGGACAUGCCAUUCACUGUUCGGGAGUACCAGAUUAAUGAAGGUGAGAAGACAACCCUCCACAAAGUAGUGUUUAUAGACAAACCAAUGAUCAGACAGUCCCAGUAUGUUCCUAAAGAUCGUAUUCAGCUGUAUCAGAAGCAUGCAGUCAGAGCUAGUGCUAUCAGAACUAACGUACGAGGGCACAUUUUCUGUGGAAUAAAGCCUGUUCAUGAAUUGGUAACAUUGCCGACAUUAGAGGAAGUCCAACAAGAAGUGAAACAUUUUGAAGAGAAAUUGAAAGAGACAGUUAAUCCUAGUGCUUUGCUUGAUGAUGAAAAUGAAGUUGGUGUUGAUGGGAAGACAGAUUUAAGGAAGAGAAAAAGAAAGCAUGGUCAGGUAGGCAUGUUCGACAUUGAAAAGGAUAUUGAUGACCUUGAGACAUUUGGAAUGGACUCAUUCAUAGGGUCAAAGAUGAAAGGGGAUGGAAAUAAAGGGUCACCUGAUGAAAAGUCAAUCAUAAGUACUGAAAAGAAUGAAAUAUCUGGUAAGUCUGUUAAAAAGAGCAAGAAGUUUGCAGAAGAUGAUUUAGAAUUUCUAAAAAAUGAGCUUAAGGGUAUAAAAUCUCAAGCAAUUAAAGAGAGCUAUAAACAUCCAGAAAUGUACAGAGACACUUAUAGUAAAGAAAACAAACAUGAAACACAAGGUUCUGUAAAUCCUGGAACACAAGAAACUGAUGAAGCAAACCCUGGUUCUAAAGAUCACAAGAAAGAUGAUGAGGAAACUAUUGUAAAACAUGAUGAAAAUGACAGAAUUGAUAAAGAAUCUGAGUUACACACUGAAACCAACACAACAGACAGUUUAAGCAAAGCUCCGAGAAAUACAAGAAAAACUAAGAAAGAUCUUCUCAGUGUGAAGAACAUGAGUUCAUUUUCUGAAAGAAUGAAACAGAUGUCUACAAUCAAGUCAAAACUGAAGCAGAGAACACAAGGCUCAGACUUCGUGCCACAUACUCAAACAUCAGUAACAAGUAGAACCUCAGUUAGGACACAUUCUGUGGAAUCUGCAAAUGAAUUAUUGAACCACCCUGGUGACACAGAUGUGGAUAAGGAAACCAAAACAGAAUUGAAAAUUGUUGAAAAUGCAUCAGAUAGUGAUAGUGAAGGUGAGGGUCUUGUUAUUGAUGUUCCUGCUGAAUCACCUCAGAAACAUUCUGACAGAAAUGACAAACUUAAAUCUCCUGAAAUGCCAACACUAGAAAAGGAAAAAAUAUCAAAUGAUACUGAAAGUAAACUGGAAGUGAAGGAAGAAAAUCAGUCCAUUUCAUUAGAAAGCAAACUUGAUUCUACCAAUUUGGUCAUAGCUGUAGAAGAUUUGGAAGAAGUUGAGGAAAAAUCAAAGGGUACUAAGAGAAGAAGCACCAGUGACAUUUCUGAGAAUGUCACAGUGCCAAAGAGGGUUUUGAGGUCUUCAUCAAGCCGGGAAACAAGAGGAAUGAAACAGGAGCAUGAGUCUGUUAGCACAAGAAGUAGGUCAGCAUCUUCUGAGAGUGGAAUUGUUGAGCAGGGAACUAGUCUGAUAACUAAAGGCAGACGUGUUACCAGACGUAGUCUUGGUUCUAGUAAUGUUGUUGCUCCAAAGGAAGGGCAAGAAGAUAUGGAUCCAUUGCCUGUGAAACGUAGUAGAGGAAGAUGUAAGAAAAAUGUAACUGAAUGUAAUAUAAAUGUGACCACCAAAGAUGGAAAAAUGUUAUCAGAAAAAGCAGAAGAUGGUUCAGACAUGCAAACUGCUUUGACUGAUGAUCAUGUUGACAUGGAAAAUGAUGAUAGUAAAGAUGCAGAAAAUGGGCAAGACUCCGGGAACAAAGAUACAGCUUCUGACAAUGAGGAAGAAAUUUAUCGUACAAGGAAUAAAACAAAGGUGAGAAGGAUAGACAGCGAUAUUGAGUCAGCAGAAAACUCUCGAGAUGGACAUGAAGACUUUCAUCAUGGUAAAGGUUCUUCAGGUACCAAGAAGAGUGAAACGAAGAAAGAUCGGUCAGAUUUGGAGGCAAGAAAAAUCAAAAAAAUGGCUGAAGCAAUGAAAAAGAAGAUAGCAGAAGCUAAAAAUAAAAUAGUAGAAGAAAAACGAAGGAAAGGUAUAGAGUCCAGAACAAGUGGCAGUGAAAAGCUGGGUGGAGAAGAAAGUAAGAAAUGUGAGGUUUCUAGUAUAACAGAUGGAACAACUUCUGGUACUGUUACACAUCUAAAAUCAGAGCGUAAUAAAGAAGUAAAGUUGGGACAAGACAGCAAUCCUAGUGCUGCAACAGGUCUGGACAAAGAAUUAGAAAAUAUACUUAAACUUCAGGAUGAAAUGCAUGGGACUGGUACAAACAAAGGUUCACUUGCAGAGGCAUUCACACAGAAACAUGGGAUGUCACAUUGUGGAUUUCCAGUGGAUGAUAAUGUCACAUACCAUCAAUGGAACAUAGGUGGAAUCAAUGUUCUUAUCCGCUGUAAAUAUCAUGGUUUCAUUUCUGGACAGGGUUUGGUGCAUAUAUCUCCCAAGAUAGAGUAUCAGCCAAACUUUGGUUUUGAACAGGACACAGUUAAUGAGAUAUGUAAAAACUGGAUUUCUGUUUAUGUUAGACCAAAUUCCUCAUUGCUGAAACCACGUGUUAACCCAUUUAAUUCUGAAAUCAUGAUGUUUGAAAAUGUUGCAUACAAAGAUCUCAUCGCUCCAGACUCCCUCUUCAAGCCAGCACAAGCUUUUACAGAUCUUCAUGUAAUUCUGGACAAGCUGAAAAGUGUACCUGUAGGACAGUACCUGUUGAAAAACAAUCCACGAAAGGAUCAGUUCACUAUUAUGAAAGCCACAGAGUUUGAAGAAAGAGGAAGCUUUGAUCUGCAUUUAAACAAUUCCAGCAUUAUCAAAUGUAAUUCACCACCCUCCAUGCAAUGGACACCUUUAGAUGCAUCAAUGAUGUUACCGCACCAGAGAAAAAUGAACUUUAUCCCUUGUACAUUCCAGCCAAAAGAUGCCAAAGUUGGUGAAAAGAAGCAACCACAAAAAAGUAAGAAGAAGAAAAAGAAGAAAAAUAGGGCCGUGGAUAGCUAAACAUUAAUUAAUGAUAUUUAUAUUGAAAUGUCAUUUUACCAGAUACACUUUAAGAAAGCAAGUUUUAAGAAAUGCAUUGUUAAAUUUACUGACAAGUUAUGUUGAUAUUUGGUCUUUUUUGGCAAGUACUUUCUAAGAAAAUGUGAAUUCUUUGUUUCCAGUGAACUAAAAUGAGGUUGUUAAUUGUAGAAAAUUUGCCUUGUGAAGAACCAACGGCCUGAUAUAUAUUUUUAGUAUGACUGACUGUAAUCAUUUGAUAAAAACUGGUUAUAGAUAUAUAUUUUCAGGCUUAUUUCUAAUAAUGCAUUUACAGGUUGAUUAUUUACGCCACAUUGCACCUCAAUCAGUAGAAAAUGUUACGCAUUCUCAGUGCUGUCUCCUUGACUUGUUUUGGGCCGCUAGAGCUUAAAACAGGAAUAUGACUAAACAACUUCUUCUCUUGAAGUGCUUGAUAGAUCUUCAUCAAAUUUAGUCUUAAGUAUUUUUAUUAAGUCCUCUGGGCUAUUGGUUCUUUGAAGGGGACACUGAAAUUUAAAUGGCUUAUUCCGUUGCACUGCUUGGCGGACCUUCAUUGAACUUGGUCUGAGCAUCCUUGUAAGGUCCUUCCUCCAUUUUUUAGCUCGACUAUUCGAAGAAUAGGGGAGCUAUCCUACUCGCCCCGGCGUCGGCGUGAGCGUCACACAAAUGUUAAAGUUUGCGUACCACCCCAAAUAUUUUCAAAGUCCAUUGAGAUAUUGCUUUCAUAUUUUGCAUACUUGUUUACAAUCAUGACCCCAGUCUGUAAAAAGGAGGAGGCAACUCUAUCAAGCAUUUUGACUGAAUUAUGGCCCCUUUUCGACUUAGAAUAAAUGUUGAAGUUUGCGUACCACCCCAAAUAUUUUCAAAGUCCAUUGAGAUAUUGCUUUUAUAUUUUGCAUACUUGUUUACUAUCAUGACCCCAGUCUGUAAAAAAGGGGAGGCAACUCUAUCAAGCAUUUUGACUGAAUUAUGGCCCCUUUUCGACUUAGAAUAACUGUUUAAGUUUGCGUACCACCCCAAAUAUUUUCAAAGUCCAUUGAGAUAUUGCUUUCAUAUUUUGCAUACUUGUUUACCAUCAUGACUCCAGUCUGUAAAAAGGAGGAGGCAACUCUAUCAAGCAUUUUGACUGAAUUAUGGCCCCUUUUCGACUUAGAAUAUGCUUAUCGUAAUGUUAAAGUUUUACUCACAGCUUAUAUUAUACUAUCAAGCACUGAGAAUAGUCGAGCACGCUGUCCACUGACAGCUGUUGUUUUAGCUCACCUGUCACAUAGCUUUUGUGAUCGCCCUUCGUCCGUCCGUAGUAGUCCGUCCACAAUUUCUCGUGAACAUAAUAGAGACCACAUUUUACAAUCAAUUUUAACAAAACUUGCACACAACUUGUAUUGGCAUAAUAUCUCGGUUCUUUUCGAAAACUGGUCAGAUCCCAUCAUGGGUUCCAGAGUUAUGGCCCCUUGAAGGGCCAAAAUUUGCUAUUUUUUGUCUUGUGAACACAAUAGAGACCACAUCUUGCAAUUGAUUUUAAUAAAACUUGCAUACAACUUGUAUUGGCAUAAUAUCUCGGUUCCUUUCGAAAAAUGGCAAGAUUCUGUCAUGGGUUUCAGAGUUAUGGCCCCUUAAAGGGCCAAAAUUUGCUAUUUUUGGCUUGUGAACACGACAGAGACCACAUUUUGCAAUUGAUUUUAAUUAAAGUUUUACACAACUUGUAUUGGCAUAAUCUCACGGUUAUUUUCAAAAACUGGGCAGAUUCUGUCAUGGGUUCCAGAGUAAUGGCCCCUUAAAGGGCCAAAAUUUGCUAUUUUUGGCUUGUGAACACGGUAGAGACCACAUUUUGCAAUUGAUUUUAAUUAAACUUGCACUCAACUUGUAUUGGCAUAAUAUUUCGGCUCCUUUCGAAAACUGGCCAGAUCCCAUCAUGUGUUCUAGAGUUAUGGCCCCUUAAAGGGCCAAAAAUUGCUAUUUUGGCUUUUGCAGCCAUAUAGUCUUCAUUUAUAGUUUGAUUUGAUACAGACUUGCAAAAUAUCUUUAACAACAAUAGAUCUUGGAUUCCAUAAUGAAUCCGGCAGAUCCAAUCAUAGGUUCCGGAGUUACGGCCCCUGAUUGACCCCUGAAAGAGCCAAAAUUUGUUAAUUUUACCUUGUGAACACGAUAGAAGUGACAUUUUACAUUGGAUUUUAACUACACUUAAACUUAAGUCACAAUAAUCUUGAUUCCUUUCGAAAACCGGCUAGAUUCCGUCAUGGGUUCUAGAGUUACUGCCCCUAAAAGGGGAAAAAUUUUCUAUAUUGGCCCUUUCAGCCAUAUAGAGGUUUCAUUUAUGCUUUGAUUUGAAACCAAAGAAUAAGCUUGUUUACACUUUAGGGGGCACAUUUUUUAUUCUAUCUUCAUAAAACUUGGUCAGAAUGUUUGUUAUCAUAAAGUCUUGGACGAUUUCAAAUCUGGGUCAUGUGGGGUUAAAAACUUGGUCACUAGGUCAAAUCAAAGGAAAAGCUAAUAUAUACUCUCUAGAGGCCACUUGUCUUCCGGAAACUUUGUCAGAAUGUUUGUUUUCAUGAAAUUGUGGACAAGUUCGAAUCUGGGUCAUGUGGGGUUAAAAAUUAGGUCAAAUCAAAGAAAAUGCUUGUGUACACUCAAGAGGCCACAUUUUUGGUCCAAUCUUGAUGAAAAUUGGUCAGAAUAUUUGUCUCCAUGAAAUCACUAGGUAAAACUUGUUUACACUGUUAUGGUGUGUUACUAAGGUGAGUGACCUAGGGCCAUCUUGGCCCUCUUGUUUUAAAUGAGGGCACUUAAGUUUUUAUGCCCCCAAAGGCGGGCAUAUUAAAAUCGCACUGUCUGUCUGUCUGUGUGUGUAUGUGCGUACGUCCGUGCAAAUUCUUGUCCGGGCUGCAACUCUGCCAUACAUACAGGGCUUUUGAAAUAACUUGGCAUAAAUGUUCACCAUAAAGAGAUGUGUCAUGCGCAAGGCCCAGACCCUUAUUUACAAGGUCUAGGUUACACUUACAGGUCAUAAGGUUAACAGGGUCUGUUUCGUGUCCGGUCCAUAACUCUGCCAUUGAUGAAGGGAUUUUGAAAUAACUUGGCAUAAAUAUUUACCAUAAUGUGACGAUGUGUCAUGCGCAGACCCAGACCCCUAGCUCCAUGGUCAAGGUCACACUUAGAAGUCAAAGGUUAACAUGGUCUGUUUCUUGUCUGGUCCAUAACUCUGCCAUUUUUCAAGUGAUUUUAAAAUUACUGUGUACAAAUGUUCCCCAUAAUGAGUUAAUUUGCACUGUGCAUCCAUGUAAAUUCUUGUCUAGGCUGUAACUUCAACAUUUCAAAAUAAUUUGACACAAAUGUUAACCAUAUUGAGGUGUGUGACGCUUAUGACCCGGGUCUCUCAAGUCAAGGUCAAGGUCACAAAAGGAUUCAUACCUAACUAUUUGGACAUAUUUUGCGCAGACAACUGUAGCAUUCUUGGGCACACUUUGGGGGCAUUUGUCACUGAUAGUGACAGCUCUUGUUUAUACUAAACACGGUUGUUACCAUUAUUGAUUCAGUGUGUCAUACAGAUAUUAAAGGUCAAAUAGUCAAGGCAAGGUGAGCAACUUAGAACCCCUGUGGCCCUCUUGUUUGACACAUCAAGGUCAAGGUCAGGUGAGUGACUGAGGUCCUGUGGCCCUCUUGUUUGACACAGGUUUGGUAACAUUAUUAAAUUUUACGUAAAAACUGACUUUCUUCUCCAAGACCUGAAAAACAAGCAUCGGAAUAACUUGAAUCAGACGAUUCCAGUACAAACAACAGUUAAAAAUAUGUAUAGUUUACUAAAACAUACUUGCAUACGAGUAUUUUCCAUGUUGCUAACUAUUUCUGUAAGUGGUUAUGAUAUGUUAGAAAUAACAACUGUUCAAAUUUA